CGCCUCGAGGCGGGGCUUCCCCGGGCCCCAGCCGAGCGGCACGUAUUCCCGGCGGGUGAGCAAACGCUCUGGGGCCAUGGAACGACGCGAGCCGGGGCCGCGCGGCGGGCGGCCGCUGCACUCGGCACAGGCGGUGGACGUGGCCUCGGCCUCCAGCUUCCGGGCCUUCGAGAUGCUGCACAUCCACCUGGACCUCCGGGUCGAGUUCGGGCCUCCGGGGCAGGGCCCCGGCAGCCGUGGGCUGAGCGGCACGGCGCUGCUGGAUCUGCGCUGCCUGCUGCCCGAGGGCGCCACCGAACUGCAGCUCGACUCGCACCCGUGCCUGGAGGUGACGGCGGCCACGAUGCAGCGGCAGCCGCCCGGGGCCCAGCCGCCACCAGCCGAGCCCGUGCCCUUCCACACGCGGCCCUUCUCGCACUACGGCCAGGCUCUGUGUGUGGCCUUCCCGCAGCCCUGCCUCUCCACCGAGCGCUUCCAGCUGGCGCUCACCUACCGUGUCGGGGAGGGACCCGGGGUCUGCUGGCUGACUCCUGAGCAGACGGCAGGGAAGAAGCAGCCCUUUGUCUACACUCAGGGUCAGGCAGUCUUAAACCGGGCCUUCUUUCCUUGCUUUGACACACCUGCAGUGAAAUGCACAUAUUCUGCCCUUAUAGAGGUCCCAGAUGGCUUCACAGCUGUGAUGAGUGCAAGCACCUGGGAGAAGAGAGGGCCAAAUAAGUUCUUCUUCCAGAUGCACCAGCCUGUCCCCUCCUAUCUGAUAGCUUUGGCCAUUGGCGAUCUGGUUUCAGCUGAGGUUGGACCCAGGAGCCGGGUGUGGGCAGAGCCCUGCCUGAUUGAGGCCGCCAAGAAGGAAUACAGCGGGGUGAUAGAAGAAUUUCUGGCAACAGGAGAGAAGCUUUUUGGACCCUACGUUUGGGGAAGGUAUGACUUGCUCUUCAUGCCACCAUCCUUUCCAUUUGGAGGAAUGGAGAACCCUUGUCUGACCUUUGUCACCCCUUGCCUGCUAGCAGGGGACCGUUCCUUGGCUGAUGUCAUCAUCCAUGAGAUCUCCCACAGUUGGUUUGGGAAUCUGGUCACCAAUGCCAACUGGGGGGAGUUCUGGCUUAAUGAAGGCUUCACCAUGUAUGCCCAGAGAAGGAUCUCCACCAUCCUGUUUGGGGCUGCUUACACCUGCUUGGAGGCUGCAACCGGCCGGGCUCUGCUGAGGCAGCACAUGGACGUCUCUGGAGAGGAAAACCCACUCAACAAGCUUCGGGUGAAGAUUGAACCAGGUGUUGACCCCGAUGACACCUACAAUGAGACUCCCUACGAGAAAGGUUACUGCUUUGUCUCAUACCUGGCCCACCUGGUGGGUGAUCAGGAUCAGUUUGACAAGUUUCUCAAGGCAUACAUAGAUGAGUUUAAAUUCCAAAGUAUCUUAGCUGAAGAUUUUCUGGAAUUUUACUUGGAGUAUUUCCCUGAGCUGAAGAAAAGGAGAGUAGAUUCCAUUCCAGGUUUUGAGUUUGAUCGAUGGCUCAACACCCCUGGCUGGCCCCCAUACCUCCCUGACCUCUCCCCUGGGGAUUCACUCAUGAAGCCAGCUGAAGAACUGGCUGAGCUGUGGGUGACCUCGGAGCUGGACAUGCAAGCCAUUGAAGCUGUGGCCCUCUCUACCUGGAAGACCUAUCAGCUCAUUUACUUCCUGGAUAAGAUUCUCCAGAAGUCCCCCCUCCCUCCUGGGAAUGUGAAAAAACUUGGAGAGGCAUACCCAAAGAUUUCAAAUGCCCAGAAUGCUGAGUUACGGCUACGAUGGGGCCAAAUUGUCCUUAAAAAUGACCACCAAGAGGAUUUCUGGAAAGUGAAAGAAUUCCUGCAGAGCCAGGGGAAGCAGAAGUAUACUCUCCCCCUGUACCACGCGAUGAUGAGCAGCAGCGAGGUGGCCCGGACCCUUGCCAAGGACAUCUUUGCAGCUACUGCUUCCCAGCUCCACAGCAAUGUGGCCAACUAUGUCCAGCAGAUCCUGGAGCCCAAGGGCAGUUAGAGGCACAUAUGCAUGGUCUCUGCCUCUCAGGAUUCACAGGCUUUCGGAAGAAUAGUUCUCCAUUCUUCCAGUUCUCCUACUCAGUGUCCUGAAGUUUCUAUUCCCUCAGGAUCAUCUGUCUGUCCUCUGGGCUUAGAUGUCUGUGACACUUGGGUCUCUGCCCUCGUGGGAACUUCUAGUCCAGGGAGUUCUGAAACUAGAGGUCCUUCCCACCGACACUGCCCAGGCCACCACUGUUGUUGGAGGUAGUCUAUCUUUGCUCCCUUCCCAUCUAAGUCUCUAGGGAGAAGCAGAGAUUAGAAAUUCUUUUCUUUUUAAAAUAAAUGUUUUUAAACAAAAUGUAAA